AUCAAUUUCUCUUUUUCUCUUCCCUCUUUGUUAUCUUCUCCUUCCCCGACUCGUAUUUUCUUUCAUCACCGACGAACAGACACACGGCUUAAUACGCAGAAAAUUAGGAAGGAAAUCUGUCUAAAAUUUCACUCCGUAUAAUCCAGUAAAACAUGAGCCGAAUUCUUGAUAUACAUCACUGUCGGCCGACUUAUUCGUUGAUUUUCUUCACAUGUAAAUCACAGGGUUCCAAUGGAAAUUACCUGACAUUCAAGAAGAAAGGCGCGGCUAAAUCUUCGUUACGAGCAAAUAUUUCAGAGGUGGGAUUGAAUCAUAUACUUGAUAGAUGUGCACACAAGGUCGAAGAAGAUGAUGGAAACGCAUUCAAUGCACUUCCACACGUGAAACGUCUUAGUGAGCUUCAAAAAGAUGAUCUUUUUGGCAAAAUUGUCAUGGUUAGGUUUGAUUCCAACAUCUUACUCGAAGAAAAUCAGAACAAGAAUUCCAAAACAUUCAUAUCGGCUCUUUCAACCAUUAAAUACUUGCAUGAAGCUGGUGCGACAGUGAUUCUAAUCAGUAGCUGGUCUACAAAGACCAAUUCAAAUCUUGAUUCAUUAGAUUCAGUUUCAGCAUAUAUUUCGUCCCUUCUCAAACUCAAAGUUCUACCAAUGAAGUUAUGUCAUGAGUAUGAAUCAACUAGACUGGAAGAAAGUCAAGAAACUCAUAAACCAAGUAUUUAUCUUCUUGAAAAUCUUUCUCAAUUCAAAGAAGAUAUAGCAAACAAUUCAAGAUUUUCUCAAGAGUUAUCAUCACGGGUUGAUAUAUUCAUAAAUGAUGCAUUUUUUCAGUCACAUAAAACUCUUUCAUCAACUGUUGGUGUCACAUCUUUCUGUUAUGCAUCUGUUGCUGGUUUCCAAUUUGAGGAAGGUUUAUCACAACUCAAAAAGGCAUUUAUGACAAAAGAGAAUCCAUAUAUAGCCAUGGUUGGAGGAGGCAACCUUAUAGAAAAAGCAGCUGCCAUAAACUAUUUAGUUUCUUCAUCUGAUGGUUUAAUAUUUGUUGGAAAUAUCUCAUUUCAAAUAAUGCAUGCUCUUGGAUUUUCAGUACCUAAUAAAUAUAUAGAGUUUGGAGCAUUUAAAGAAGCUAUUAAAAUAAUAAAAUCUGCAAAUUCUAGAAACAUUCCCAUUUUCUUUCCUAAAGAUUUUUGGUGUAUGAAUGAUCAUUUUAAAAACCCAGAGCUUGUGUCUGCUGAAUGCAUUCCCGAAGGUUGGACACCUUUUGGUCUCGGCCCAAAUUCAUUGGAAGAAAUAACAACAUUGCUUUCAAAGUCAAAGAAAAUUGUGUGGAUUGGUCCAGUUAAGUUUGGAUUAUCGAAUCAAGAUAGUUAUGGGACUUCAAUAUUGGCAAAAGUAAUAGGAAAAUUAAGUCAAGAAAAUUGUGAUGUUACAGUUAUUGGAAAUAUGGCAUGUAAAGCUUUAAUGGAGGAAUCAAUGGUUUCUUCAAAUUUCAAUAUUAUUGAAAAUGCUUCAGUUGUAUGGGAGUUUCUUAAAGGAAGAAAGCUUCCUGGACUUAUGGCAUUAGAUAGAGGAUACCCUUACAGCAUUGAUUGGCGCACAAUUUAUGCUGAUCCAGAUCGACCUUUGUUUGUUGAUAUUGGAAGUGUAAUUACAGGUAAUGGAAUGUUUCUCUUUGGAAUGGCUAGAAAGAGGAAGGAUAUGAAUUUUCUUGGAUUAGAAAUGAAUGGGAAGCUUGUAAAGCGAUGCCUGGAAACUUGCCAUCUGUCCGAUUUAAAAAACGGAUACUUCAUUGAAACAAAUGCAACAUCAACAUUUGGAUCAAUUGUUUCUUGUUAUCCUGGAAAACUAGUUUUUGCAUCGAUACAGUGUCCAAACCCUGACUUCAAUAGACCAGAACACAGGUGGAAAAUGGUUCAGAGAUCACUCAUCGAAGCCAUACUCCAUCUGCUUUCCUAUGAUGGAAAGGUGUUUCUUCAAUCUGAUAUAGAAGGUGUUGCAUUGAGGAUGAAAGAAGAGUUUUUGAAAUAUGGAAAUGGGAAGUUUAUAAUUGAUCAUCAAGAAGAAUGGUUGAAAGAAAACCCGUUUGGGGUUCAGUCGGAUUGGGAAAAACAUGUUUUGGAUAAUGGAGCUCCAAUGUACAGAUUGAUGCUCUCCAAAUCAUUAAGAGAAUAAAUAUUUUAAUGGAGAUUAAAUGUAUAGUAUUAGUAUGUUAUAAUUUAAUAUAACCAUAAGGUUGUUCAAACGUAUACGUGGUUCAUUGGUUGCAUAAAUUGGUUGUAUUUCUAAAUUUGUUACAUAUUUUGUAUAAAAAGUUAUUGUUUAAUAAA